GGGCAAAGGUACAAGGCCAAAAAGGAGAAGCAGUUAUUUACUCAGUCACUUGCCAAUAUGAGAGAGGAUCAGAGGUUACAGAAGGAGGACACGGUUAGGAAUUAAAAGUCAACACCACCGGAAUAAAGUUAAUAUUGGACUGCGUCAGCCCAGGCACGAAGAAUUUCUUUGCCAACCUCAAGUGUUGUUGCUUCUGUCAACACACUUGUGGCUUAAAGUUUAUGUUGGGACCACAAAGGGAUUGUACAAGUUCAUCGAAUGUGUGUAGCUCAGUAAACUGCAAUGACGAUGAAGCCUUUAUCUUUCAAAAUCACCUCACACCACUUUCUGCUGUGCGUCUUCCUGAGUCGACUUUGGUUUGUCACAAACUCAACCGUAGCCACAUCCGACCCAACACCAGAAACGGCAACAACACCGUUGACGACUUUUCUAACAACACAAUCACGUCCUGGAGAUGUUCAUAAUGUGACUGUGGUGACACAAAAUGAGAUCAGUAUAACUCUGAAGUGGGACAAGGUUAACACAAUCUCAACAUACUUUCUACACUAUGUUAACGAAGGGGGUCCAAAGGAGAAAUUCAUAUCUGAAAGAGACGGAGGGCCAUCAGUCACACAUGUGGUUACUACUCUGACUGCUGGGAGAAAAUAUGAUUUCAUCCUCAUCACGUAUCAGGUAGUCAACAGCACUGGAUACUCAUUUGAAGCUGUCACUGCUCCUGGAAAUGCACAUAAUGUGACCGUGUCAACACAAAGUGAGACCAGUAUAACUCUGGAGUGGGACAAAGUGAAUGACAUCCUCAAUUAUAUAAUUGUGAUGAAUGGAAGAGAGAUUAAUGUCACUGCAUCAGCGGGACAGGGACCAGUGUCACAAACAAUCUCAGAGCUCACAAGUGGGACGAAAUAUGACUUCACUCUCUUCACUGUGUUUGAAAAUGUCAGAAGCAGCGGAGUGAACAUCACUGCACCCACUGCUCCUCCCAAUGCACAAGCUUUCCAAUCAGUUGCACAAAGUGAGACCAGUAUAACUCUGGAGUGGGACAAAGUGAAUGACAUCCUCUAUUAUAUAAUUGUGUUAAGUGGAAGCGAGAUUAAUGUCACUGCAUCAGCGGGACAGGGACCAGUGUCACAAACAAUCUCAGAGCUCACAAGUGGGAAUAAAUAUGACUUCACUCUCUUCACUGUGUUUGAAAAUGUCAGAAGCAGCGGAGUGAACAUCACUGCACCCACUGCUCCUGGAAAUGCACAUAAUGUGACCGUGUCAACACAAAGUGAGACCAGUAUAACUCUGGAGUGGGACAAAGUGAAUGACAUCCUCAAUUAUAUAAUUGUGAUGAAUGGAAGAGAGAUUAAUGUCACUGCAUCAGCGGGACAGGGACCAGUGUCACAAACAAUCUCAGAGCUCACAAGUGGGACGAAAUAUGACUUCACUCUCUUCACUGUGUUUGAAAAUGUCAGAAGCAGCGGAGUGAACAUCACUGCACCCACUGCUCCUCCCAAUGCACAAGCUUUCCAAUCAGUUGCACAAAGUGAGACCAGUAUAACUCUGGAGUGGGACAAAGUGAAUGACAUUCUCUAUUAUAUAAUUGUGUUAAGUGGAAGCGAGAUUAAUGUCACUGCAUCAGCGGGACAGGGACCAGUGUCACAAACAAUCUCAGAGCUCACAAGUGGGAAUAAAUAUGACUUCACUCUCUUCACUGUGUUUGAAAAUGUCAGAAGCAGCGGAGUGAACAUCACUGCACCCACUGCUCCUGGAAAUGCACAUAAUGUGACCGUGUCAACACAAAGUGAGACCAGUAUAACUCUGGAGUGGGACAAAGUGAAUGACAUCCUCAAUUAUAUAAUUGUGAUGAAUGGAAGAGAGAUUAAUGUCACUGCAUCAGCGGGACAGGGACCAGUGUCACAAACAAUCUCAGAGCUCACAAGUGGGACGAAAUAUGACUUCACUCUCUUCACUGUGUUUGAAAAUGUCAGAAGCAGCGGAGUGAACAUCACUGCACCCACUGCUCCUCCCAAUGCACAAGCUUUCCAAUCAGUUGCACAAAGUGAGACCAGUAUAACUCUGGAGUGGGACAAAGUGAAUGACAUUCUCUAUUAUAUAAUUGUGUUAAGUGGAAGCGAGAUUAAUGUCACUGCAUCAGCGGGACAGGGACCAGUGUCACAAACAAUCUCAGAGCUCACAAGUGGGACGAAAUAUGACUUCACUCUCUUCACUGUGUUUGAAAAUGUCAGAAGCAGCGGAGUGAACAUCACUGCACCCACUGCUCCUCCCAAUGCACAAGCUUUCCAAUCAGUUGCACAAAGUGAGACCAGUAUAACUCUGGAGUGGGACAAAGUGAAUGACAUCCUCAAUUAUAUAAUUGUGUUAAGUGGAAGCGAGAUUAAUGUCACUGCAUCAGCGGGACAGGGACCAGUGUCACAAACAAUCUCAGAGCUCACAAGUGGGAUGAAAUAUGACUUCACUCUCUUCACUGUGUUUGAAAAUGUCAGAAGCAGCGGAGUGAACAUCAGUGCACCCACUGCUCCUGGAAAUGUAAAUACUGUGACCGUGUCAACACAAAAUGAGACCAGUAUAACUCUGGAGUGGGACAAAGUGAAUGACAUCUCAUCAUACGCUCUACAAUAUGAUAGCAAAGAGGACACCAUCAACAUACUCCAUCAAGACGCAUCAGUCAAACAUGAGGUCUAUCCACUUAAGGCUGGGAAGAAAUAUGAUUUCACUCUCAUCACUCUCUUUGAGAAAGUCAACAGCACUGGAUUCUCAUUUAACGCUGCGACUGUUCCCUCAAUGGUGACUGUGGUGAACGUGACUGAACGCUCUGUGACCAACUUAACGCUGACGUGGCGGACGAAUAAAAACUGGAACUACUCUCUCCAGAUAAACGGGGCAAGUUCCCAGCUUCUCCCAAAUGGAUCCAUAGAUGUGAUGUCCCAUUCAAUCGUCUCUCUCCAGCCGGGAACAGAGUAUCCGUUCAGCGUGACCACAGUGUUCUCUGGACUUAACAGCACUGCUUAUAAAGGCUUCACAGUAACAGCCAUAGACUGUACCAAUGGAACCUGGCGUGUUACUAACUCAUCAAUCCAAGGGACGAUUGAAGGCUUGUUCUCGAAUGCAUCCGCCACUUAUGAAUCACAAACUCAUGUCAGUCCUGGAAGAGGCACUGUGUCAUUUGUUGGCCUUCACCCCGGCGCGACCUACGAGGUGUCUCUCGUCUAUGAAACUAAUUCAAUACACUUUCUACAGUGUAGCCACAGUUUGACAAUCCUUCCUCCAUCUUUAAGCGCUCACUGUGAGUACUGGGACGCUGGCUAUUCCAUCUUUAUCGCCUGGAAUAAACCGGCUGGCGUGUGGACUUCUGUGGAGGUGAACGUGACUGGGAGAAGUUACACAGUGCAUGAAAAUGAGGAACAACAUUUCAAAAUACCUGGAUUCCAACCUGCUAACACAUAUGAGGUGUCUUUAGCUUCACUGUCCGGGACCGUAAGGAGUUAUGAACCAUUCGUUUUUUCAUGUCUCACUGAUCCAAGGGGAGUCAUUGCAGGGGCUGUCUUUGCUGUUGGGAUUUUUGGUCUCCUGGUCUGUUUGGCUGUCUUCUUUUUUAUUAAAAGACCAGAUAUUAUCAGCAGAAAAAGGGUUUUCAAAGGUGGUUCAAGACAAUCCAGUAAAAAGUGCAAAGCUAUUCCUGUGGCAAAGUUUCCAGACCACUUCUACCAAUUAGGUGUGGAUGAGAAUAGAGGUUUCAGCCAGGAAUACGAGAGCUUUAUUCCUGUUGGCGUGGAGCAAACACGAGAGGCAGCUCUUCUACCCCAGAACAAACCAAGGAACCGUUUCAACAAUGUCCUACCGUACGACUGGUGUCGGGUGAAGCUAUCUGCAUCCAAUCCCAAUGAAACUUCGGACUACAUUAAUGCCUGUUACAUACCGGGCUACAACAACAACAGAGAGUACAUCGCCACCCAGGGUCCUCUGCCCUCGACAGUCAAUGAAUUUUGGAAAAUGAUCUGGGAACAAAGAGUGAAAGGCAUCGUCAUGGUAACCAACUGCACUGAGGGAGGACGGACUAAGUGUGAGCGAUACUGGCCUGCAGACAGAAAGCCAUGCUCUUACGGAGAGCUGGUGGUCACCAUCAGAUCUGAGCAGCGGGAGCCCGAGUGGACGUUGAGGGAAUUUAGGGUGAAACAUGGGAAUACCUCAGAGGAGCACACAGUGAGACAUUUUCACUUCACUGCCUGGCCUGACCAUGGAGUCCCACAGGGCACAGAAAUCCUGAUCCAGUUCAGAGGACUGGUGAGACGGCACAUAGAGAGCGAUGGGGCUGAAGCGCCAACCGUGGUUCACUGCAGUGCUGGAGUGGGGAGGACAGGCACCAUCAUUGCUCUGGAUGUGCUGCUUCAGCAGCUCGAGAAGGAAAAAGCUGUGGGAAUCAAUGGCUUUGUGCACAAGAUGAGACUGAGCCGCCCACACAUGGUGCAGACGGAGUCCCAGUAUGUUUUCCUGCACCAAUGCAUCAUGGACCGUCUGCAGCUAGAUGAGAAGAAUGAAGAGCACAUAUAUGAGAAUGAGGAGCACAUAUAUGAGAAUGAAGACAUGAUAUACGCCAAUGCCACUGCACUCCAAAUGCUGACAAAAGCCUAAACUAAACAAGAUCGUCAGCACUGAAGUCAGUCUUUUAUACACUAUAUAUACAUAUACAUAUACACACUGUACAUGAAUAGUCCUCUUUAGAUUGUAUUUAACUUGUACAUUUGUGUUCCUCUCAUCUACAAAAUGUGUUCUUCCUAUUAUUAUUAUAAUAAUUAUUAUUAUGAUGAUGAUGAUGAUGAUGAUGAUGUGUCGAAAAAACACUCCAGGUGACUGAAAAAUGUUUUAAAAUUACAUUUAUUAAAAAUAAGAAAUGUAGGUAAAAAAGAUUUACCUGAUUUUCUAUUUGUACAACAAAUACAAUAUUUCUCAUGAACAGAAA